CAUCCCGCGUCAUUUGUUGUGUAAACGGAACGUUGAGUUUUUUCAACACAUGCAUUUACCUUUUUAUAGUUUACCAAGAUUAAACUUAACUACUUGAUUGGGGUAAAAACAACGAUUGCUUCUGUGGAGAGUGGGACGAGGGUGGAAUUGAUUUCUUGAUUGAAUUUCUGAUAAUGGCGGUGGCAAGCACUUACAGAGACCAACAUUUCAAAGGUUCACGUGUAGAACAAGAGCGUCUGUUGAGUCAGUCUUCCACAUUGUAUGUUGGAAACUUAUCAUUUUACACUACUGAGGAACAGAUUCAUGAAUUGUUUUCCAAAUGUGGAGAUGUCAAAAGGAUCAUUAUGGGUUUGGACAAAUUCACAAGAACCCCAUGUGGCUUUUGUUUUGUUGAGUUUUACCUCAGAGGUGAUGCUGAAAAUGCCAUCCGAUUUGUGAAUGGGACUAGACUGGACGACAGAAUUGUGCGAACUGACUGGGAUGCAGGAUUUAUUGAAGGAAGGCAGUAUGGUAGAGGCAAAACUGGAGGACAGGUGAGGGAUGAGUACCGAACAGAUUUUGAUGGUGGCAGAGGAGGAUGGGGUAAGAUGAUUCAACAAAAAGUUGCAACGUCUGCUGCCAACAAUUGAAAGUAAUCUAAAUACUGUAUCAUCAAUUCACAUAUGUGUUCUUUUUUAAACAAAUGUCAACAGUGUUAUUCUUCUCAUCAAUUAAAACAGACAAUGCCAUCCUAA